AUGGGGCAGCUGGAGCAGCUGGGGUUUGAGAAGCAGCAUCCCGAGGAGGACCUGGGAAGAGCCAAUUUUACAGCUCGAUCCAAGCCAUUUGCUGUCAUGCCUGUGACUAGGAAGGAGAGCUCAACCAUCAUUCUGGCUACUUCUCUGAGCUCCGUGGUCUCAUGGCUGGCUCUCAGCUGUCUGGUGUGCUGCUGGUUUAAAAAAAGCAAAAGGAGAAAAACAAAACCUGAAGAGAUUCCUGAAUCCCAGACUGAUGAUCAAAAGAAUCACAUUCACAUCCCAUCCAAACGCCGAAGAUCACAAACAGAGACUGAAAAAGAAGACACCACGAUAGGAGAAGAUAUGAGGAUGAAAGUCAUGCUGGGCAAGCUGCACCAGCUCCCCCAGCAGUCAUUGAACGGAGUGUCCAGAAGGAAGGUUAGCCGCUGUGCUGUCCCAGGGGAAGAGGCUGCGGCUCCUGCUCCCAUUAUUACCAGCGUCACCUCUCAUGGGCACACCUGCACUCCAGCCUCUCCUGCUCGACAGGUGUACCUGCAGGAGACUGGGAACUGGAAGGAGGCCCAAGAGCAGUUGCUCAGAUACCAGCUGGCAGGCCAAGAUCAGCUGCUGCUGCUAUGCCCAGACCUCAGACCAGAAAGGCAGCAGUCACAGGGGCAGAGCCAGCUGAACAAGGAAAGUGGCAGCGUGGGACUUUCUCAGAAGAAAGCCUCCUGUGGUGCCACCGAGGCUUUCUGCCUUCAUUCAGUACACCCAGAAACUAUUUAGGAGCAGCUGUGAUCAAGGGGAAGUGGUGUGGGCAUUUGGUCUGAAAGGAAGAAUGUUCAAAUAUUUCUGGAUAAUCAGCAGGGGAGGUGAUGACCGACCUGCAGGGACAACUAAGAAGGAAGAAUGUGAAUUCUGAAUCCCCUUUUCUACUUUAAAAUGGAAGACAGCCAUAUAAAUGCUUGCAGACUUAAA